AGCGCGCGGGAAGCGGCGCGCGCGGCGGCGGGAGCUGGCGGCCGCGGGGACUGACCACGUCCCUAUAGCUUUCCUCUGUCUUUGGAGAAAGAACGGUCCCCGAGGAACGGUAUUCUGCCCCUUGAAGACUCAGGAGGAUGAAACUCAUCACUUGUGAGAUCGCCUGGCAUAACAAGGAGCCAGUGUACAGCCUGGACUUCCAGCACGGAGCCGCCGGGAGGAUCCACAGGCUGGCCUCCGCGGGGGUGGACACCGCUGUCAGGCAGAUCUGGAAGGUAGAAAAAGGACCAGAUGGAAAGGCCAUUGUUGAAUUUUUGUCCAAUCUUGUUCGCCAUACCAAAGCUGUCAAUGUCGUGCGUUUUUCUCCAAGUGGGGAAGUUUUAGCAUCAGGAGGGGAUGAUGCUGUCAUUCUUCUGUGGAAGGUGAAUGAUAACAAGGAACCAGAACAGAUCGCUUUUCAGGAUGAUGAUGAGGCUCAGCUGAACAAGGAGAACUGGACUGUCGUAAAAACACUGAGGGGCCACUUAGAAGAUGUGUAUGAUAUUUGCUGGGCAACCGAUGGGAAUUUAAUGGCUUCUGCCUCUGUGGAUAACACGGCCAUCAUAUGGGAUGUCAGUAAAGGACAAAAGAUCUCAAUUUUUAAUGAACAUAAAAGUUAUGUACAAGGAGUAACCUGGGAUCCUUUGGGUCAGUAUGUUGCUACCCUGAGCUGUGACAGGAUCCUGAGGGUGUACAGCACACUGAAGAAACGUGUGGCUUUUAAUGUCUCAAAGAUGCUGUCUGGAGUAGGGGCUGAAGGAGAGGCGAGAAGUUACCGAAUGUUCCAUGACGACAGCAUGAAAUCAUUCUUUCGUAGACUUAGUUUCACUCCUGAUGGAUCUUUGCUCCUCACACCAGCUGGAUGUGUGGAAUCGGGUGAAAACGUAACAAAUACAACUUAUGUUUUCUCCAGGAAAAAUCUUAAAAGGCCUAUCGCCCAUCUUCCGUGUCCUGGGAAGGCGACGCUCGCUGUCCGCUGCUGCCCCGUCUACUUUGAGCUGAGGCCAGUGGUGGAAGCAGAGCCAGGUGUGGAGCUGGUGAGCCUGCCCUACCGCUUGGUGUUUGCUGUGGCUUCUGAAGACUCUGUGCUUUUGUACGACACCCAGCAGCUGUUCCCGUUUGGUUACGUGUCUAACAUACAUUACCACACCCUGAGUGAUAUUUCCUGGUCCAGCGACGGGGCCUUCCUGGCCAUCUCUUCCACGGAUGGUUACUGUUCCUUCGUGACGUUCGAGAAGGAUGAGCUCGGAAUUCGCUUGAAAGAGAAGCCAGUUGUGUGUGUGAGAACUCCCGAUACAGCGAAGAAAACCAAGAGUCAGACACACCCAGGGUCUUCGCCAGGACCCAGGCUGGGAGAGGGAACCCCCAGCAGCAGAGUCCGGGACCCCAGCAGCCCCUCUGCAACGCCCCCUCAGGCGAAACAGUCUCCGGCCCCCACGGCGGCCAAGGACACCCCUGUGACCGCUCCUGGUGCCAGAGGCUUCCUGGCAGGGCCCUCAGAGGAGAAGACCCUGAAGCCCGGCAGUCAGAAUGCGAAAGCCCACGCAUCCCGGAGGGUCACUCUGAACACGCUGCAGGCCUGGAGCAAGUCAACACCCCGGAGAAUAAACUUAAUACCCUUAAAGACAGAUACUCCACUGAAUUCUAUACCAACCAGCAUAAUUUCCAGCCCUUCCACAGAAGAAAUUCAAUCAGAGAUGCCUGGAGACCUUCAGGUCAGUCCCCCGGAGCUUAAGCGGCCGAGACUCAGUGAGCACAGAGAAGGUCCCCAAGGUCUGGACCCCUGAUGAGACCUGUCAUGUGCCUGAAGGCUGCUAGGUCUAGGGACCCCCGUGUGCCCAGAGAGGGGCGAGAUCAAACACACCUGAGACCAGUGGAAUCAGACGGAGCCUGACGGACACUAGAAAAUGGAUUUCUGUAACAGAAGAUACGCGUGGACCGAUUUUCUCCAGAAAUAUGUUGGCUGUUGUAUUUAGCACACGUUUUUACCUCAGAUAUGUGAACAUUUUAAUAGACUAAAUUCUCUUUUUGAUGAGUUUCUGAGACUGGAACAGUUCAAUGUUACCUAGUGUGAAAAUCAGUAAAUCCCCCCCCUUGGAAUACUUGUGUGAAAGUACAGACACUUUAUGGGUGGACUCCUUCCACAGCUAGAAUUAGAGAAGGUCGUUCGAGAAAGUUUAUUCUGUUGAAUUUUAGAGUGUUUGAUUAUUAGAUCACUUUAGCUUCUAAAUAGUUGAUUAACUUUUGGAAGUUUGUUAUGUUUGCUUUCUGAUUUUAAAGGUGGUAAUGCACAUUCUAGAAAGUUAGUAAAGAGUGAAGUAGAAAAAACGCGUUGGAGGUGGAAAUCACCCAUCUCACCACCAGAGGGAACCCUUGUUACUGUUUCGGCAUAUUUCCUUAAAAUUUCUGUUUUUAUUAAUGUUAUUUUAUUUUGGGGAGGGGACGAGAGUUGAGAUUUUACUUAAGAUACACUUUGGUAUCCAAAUAGGUUAACUUCUUAGACUGAUUUUUCAAAGCAAAAAAAGUACCUUUCCUUAGCAGUCUGUGCCUCUGCUCUCGGUCCCUGGGAUGCUGGCAUGGUCCUUUCCCUCUUGGGAGCAGACCGGACUCAUGGGCUGAGACGUAUGACGUGCUGUCGCUGCACGAGGCCUCCCACGUUUGGAGUCUCCUCUUAGCGCAGGAGACUCUGGUGAUGUGACCAACAGGUGGUGAUGGGUGGAGCCCUAGAAGCUGGUGCGGCUGCUUCACGUUGAGGAGUUUACAGAUGAUUUCAUGGCCCUCGAUGCUGUUCCUCUGGCACGAUGAACACGGUGAGUCCCGCAGGUGAGGCUACAGCCAGGACCCCUUCCCUGUCUGAACCAAAUCAGAGGGCAAGUUUGGGACCCGCAGGUCCAGGCUCUGGCAGGGAGCCGCUGACGAUGGAAGAACACACUCUUGUCAGCUCAGGUCAGCAGCAAAGAAGAGAGCUGGAAAGGAGCGUCAGCUUGUUGCUAAUCCACCACCCAGUUAACCAGAAAAAGAGUCUGCCUCUCUCUACACGGGAAAGUGGCAAGUGGGAUGACUUACCACGUGGAGAGCUGGGAGGUGAAUCCAUGCAGAGUUGUAAUAGUGCAGGUGUGGGUCGCGUUCAACACGAAGACAUUUAAAAAUGUCAAGUAGCAGCUGUUUUGACCAGUGGUUCUCAACCUUGAAGUCCCCCAAAGACCUGCCGGACAUCAACACCCAGGUCCUGCCCUCCUUGGUCUGGGGCCCAGUCUGAACAUCGGGAUUCUUUAAGGCUCCUCUGGUGAUUUGAGGCACAGCCAGGAUUGGGACAUCAUGAGAGGAAAGCUUUCCCCAGAGAUGGCGUCUGCUGGUGAUAAAUGCACUUGCACCAGAAGCUUUUUCAGGCUACUUCUCUGGUUCAUCACCGAUUGACAGCAAAGCCUCUCUACCCGGGCUGCCAAACUGAAGGGAUAAUAUGUGAGAUGCUGUCAGCUCUUCAGAGGAAAAAGGUCUUUUUACAUUGCCUGCGGCUGGAGCACGGUGUGUUUUGUAGGGGUUGAUCCCCGUGCAAACAGGAGUCGUCAUGGGUCCCUUGUCCCUGUGAACCGGCUGGCUCUCCGGCCACCCCCAGUGGAGGGGCGACGGGAAUGGGUGGGAGGGGGCCGGCGCCCCUUCAGCGGAAGUGCACGUUGAUAGGCACCAUUGCCUGUUUGUCAGCUGUCUCCUCGACUGUAAAUUACAGACUCGGCAAUAAAAGCCCAGGCGGUGUCACCUCCCGGUCCUCGUCUAAGGCCACCUGCUUCCAUCUGGGUAGUGACUGGGGGAGGGAAGCCUUCUGCGACAGGAGCCUCGCCCGCCCCACCGGAUGGGCAGUAUGCCCGCUCAGGGCCAUCCUGCAUCUGUAGUUGGGUGGGGCUCGUGUCUGAAUCCUGCUGCCAGGUACCGGCGGAUACAUCAGGGCACAAAACAGACGAAGCUCUGCCCUCCUGCAGCUCACAUUCUGACUGGGGGAGACGAACAAUAAAGCUAGUAAAUAUAUAUUAGAAGAUGACUAUGGAAAAAAGAAAGGUGAGGGGUGUUAGGAGAGCUGGGUGGAGAAUGGCUGACAACUUAAAGUGGGAGGACCUCUCGGGAAGGUGGAAACAACAAGGGAGAGGACGAGGAAGGAAGGAAGCAGGUCAGGUGUUCUAGGAUUUCCCAGAGGCAAGGAGUCCUACUCUACUCGUCUCUGAUGCAUUCUGGGGGUUGGGUUGGGUGUCUGGGGGUUCCCUGGGUGAUUGAUGGGGGAGAGGACAGCCUGCAGCCCCUGCUGGUGUGGAGCCCCACCAGCUACUCGGCCUCCCUGUCCCCUCACGCGCACCGCUGGGAGUCGGCCCGACACCUGCCUGUGCGCGUCUCCGGGGGUGCUGGUUGGGUAGUCCAGACCAGGCUGAGGUUGACCGUUGCUGUGAUUAUCAUUGAGGUCGGGAAGGCGCCCUGUCAUAUUCCAGCAGGAGUGAAAUCGUUCUGAGUUGUGAAUCUGGUGCAGCUCGCAUCCCAGAUCAAAGGCCGAGCCAUACA